AUGGCCGAACUUAACCUCGUUGAGGCUUCCAUUGAAGACUUGCAAAAUGCCUUGACUUCGGGCUCUGUGACGAGUGUCGAACUGGUCGCUCGUUAUCUUCGUCGCAUUAGUGCAUAUGAUUGCCGAAAUACUGCUCUCAAUGCUAUUCCUGUCAUGAACAAGGCCAUCUUUGACGAGGCCCAGCAAUCCGACGAUCGGCGGGCUUCCGGCGCGCCUCUGAGACCUUUGGAGGGCAUUCCCUUUACCAUCAAGGACAGCUUCAAGGUCAAGGGAAUGGCGGCAGCCGCGGGAUCUCCGGCGUUUAAAGACCUCAUCGCCAACGAGGAUGCCUUCUUGGUGAAGACGGUCCGAGAUGCUGGCGCUAUCCUGGUCGGACGCACUAACAUGCCCGCUGUGGCAUGCGGCGGUAUGCAGAGGGGCAUAUGGGGGAGAGCUGAGAAUCCCUAUAACCCAGACUACCUUGCUGCGGCUUUUGCUUCGGGCUCCUCCAACGGAUCAGCUGUGUCUACGGCUGCAUCCUUUGCCGCCUUUGGCAUCGGUGCUGAGACCGUAUCUUCUGGUCGCUCCCCUGCAUCGAACAACGCAUUAGUCGCAUACACCCCCUCAAGAGGGUUUCUUUCCCUCCGUGGAAACUGGCCGCCGUAUCCUACUUGCGAUGUCCCGGUUCCACAAACGAGAACUAUGAGGGAUAUGCUGUGUCUGCUGGAUGUUAUUACGGCUGAGGACCCCGUGAAAGAGGGCGAGUUUUGGCGCGAGCAGACUUUUACAAUGCUACCGGAACCAUGGCAGGAUAAGCCCAAGUCAUUCAAGGAAAUCUCUUCGUCCAAAUCCUUGUCGGGUCUGCGCAUCGCAGUCCCCGAGAUGUUCAUUGGCGGGCCCGCGCCAGAGGGGGCAAGACAAGUGGAAACAAGUCCGGCAGUUAUCAAGCUAUGGGAACAAGCACGAAAAGACCUUGAAGCUCUUGGUGCUGAAAUUGUUCUGGUGCCUGAUUUUCCCCCAAUGACGGCAUACGAGAACGACGACCUAUUGCCCGAGGGUUGCCCCAGACGACCGCAUGACUGGAAUGCAGUGGAGAGAGGUCCAUUAAUUGCGCAUGCCUGGAACGACUUCUUGAAGGGCUUCGGUGACUCCGAAUUGCCUGACAUCUUCGCCGUUGACCCGUUCAACAUUUACCCUGAGUCCCUUCGGACAGAACCUGAGUUGAAGCACUUUGAGAAGGCCAAUGCCAUCCAGUACCAUAAGCUGGCAGACUAUGUUCGCAACACGACCUUCUAUGAAGUAGAAGGGCUCGAGGAAGCUGUUAAGGGCCUAGAAGGAAUGCGUAAGGUGCUUCUUGAAGACUGGUUGACUUGCUUGGGCUGUGAUUGCGUUGCCUUCCCUGCGGCGGGCGACGUAGGCCCUGCAAACGCAGACUCGAGUUUCGAAGGCGCGGCACUGGCGUGGAGAAACGGCACCUAUUACAGCAAUGGGAAUAGGGCAAUGCGCCAUCUAGGAAUCCCCUCGAUGUCGGUACCGAUGGGCAUUAUGAGCGACAAGGGUGUUCCGGUAAACCUUACGCUUGCCGGUCGAGCGUACGACGAUGUGAAGUUGCUGGAGUGGGCAAACGCAUUCGAAGCGAAGACAAAGCAUCGUGUUCCUCCACCGAAUACCCCUGCUCUUGACUCUGAUGUCAUCCCAUUGAUCCCAGAGCGCUCAUCUAGGGCACUUCAUCCUAAGUUGAACAUUGAGAAGUUUGAAGCAAUCCCGGAGAAUGAUAUGGCUAGGUCAUCACUCCGAGUCAAUGUCCAGGGUCUGGUAACAGUGCCAGCUCCAGCUUUUGGUUUGCCAGAGCUGGAUAUCAUGAUUGAUGGUACUGCCAUUCCUGUAGAGAAUAUCGCGGUCGAAACACUAUCACAAACAGCGGCGGGCGAAGUCCAAUUCUUGUUCAAGGCUCAAGCGGUGACAUUGAAACCCAUCGAGAGGGAAGGACUGGAACGAACGAGGGCUCCUGUGGCUCGUGACAUGACGAUGGGUGUUGUUUUGGCUAAGGCUACUAAAGGUGGACAGCCUGCAGGUUGGCUUGGGUUGAUUUAAGGAAAUUGUUAAGGAACUGUUUAAGUCGGUGUCAAUUCCCCAACCCGAUCCAUGGCGAGGGAAACAAAAUGCGGCAAUUAGUUAACACGAUGGAAAUGUAAACCAGUGCUGCAUAAAUUGUUAAUGGCCAUGUUCUUUAUAUUGUUCCAUGCUUUGUACCGCACUAACAUUUCCUCUCCAAC